AUGGCUGGCAUGGCCGAAAAGUCUGAGCACAACGUCGACAUACAAGACCACAGCAUACGCGAUAGCAUCCUCACUUCCCAGCUAGAGGUACCGGACGUCAAGGUGACGUAUUGGACGUUGUUUCGAUAUGCUUCCAGACAGGAGAUUUGUAUUCUGGCCCUGUCUGCUUCCUCCGCCGUCGUGUCGGGAGCCGUGCAACCCCUCAUGACGCUUGUGCUAGGAUCUUUGGCUGGACGGUUCACAGGUUUUCAAGCGGGAUCAGCAGCUACAUCAGACUUCAAUCAUCAGCUUUCGAGACUUGCUCUUUACUUCGUAUAUCUGGGAAUCGGAUCCUUCGUUGCCGUCUUCAUUGCCAUCCAAGGUUUCUCCUUCGCUGGUGAGGCAAUUACGCGGAGAACGCGUGAAGCAUACCUUCAAUCCAUUAUGCGACAGAACAUUGCGUUCUUUGACAGUAUCGGGGCCGGAGAAGUGGCCAGCCGCAUAAGCGGCGAUAUGAACAUGAUUCAGGAUGGUAUAUCUCAGAAAUUGGGCCUUACCGCCGCAGGAGUUACGACUUUCUUCGCAGCCCUUGCGGUGGGUUUCAUCAGAUCUUGGAAGCUGACACUCAUCAUGCUAUCGGUGACCGUUCUGAUCAUUCUCAUCAUGGGGGGUGCUGGCAAAGGAAUCAAGCAGUACCAGGCGCAGGCAAACGAUGCUUACGCCAUCGGAGCCACCAUCGCUGAAGAAGCCUUUACUUCCAUUCGAACCACCACUGCCUUUGGUGCACAGGACUGGCUGGCCAAACACUUCGGCAUGCACCUGGAUAACGUCAAGCGGUUCGAUUUCAAGAGCAAAGCUUUCUUGGCCUUUAUGAUCGCCGCGAUGAUGGCCAUCAUGAACUUGCAGUACGGCCUCGCCUUCUGGGAAGGAUCGCGCCUGCUACAUGAUGGCAGCGUUUCGGUGUCGAAGAUCAUCACGGUCGUGUUCUCUUCCAUGCUGGCUGGAGUGUCCAUCGGACACGUGGCGCCACAUUUCGGUGCCUUUGCGACGGCGGUAGCUGCUGGCCAGAAGAUAUUUCAGGCUAUCGACCGGGAAUCGCCCCUGGAUCCGAUGUCCGGAGCUGGCAAAAAACCCUCGACUGUGGAAGGCGAGAUCGUCUUCAAGAACGUGCGACACGUUUACCCGUCACGCCCAGACAAGGUCGUCCUCGAUGAAUUGAGUUUCUCUAUUCCGUCCGGCAAGGUCACCGCUGUUGUGGGCAAGUCGGGAUCUGGCAAGUCGACUCUGGUGGGCCUGAUAGAACGCUUCUAUCGUCCUGUCGGCGGCGAGAUUAGCCUCGAUGGACUCCCCAUACAGGAACUAAACCUACAUUGGCUUCGGGCCCAGAUUGCCGUUGUUGGUCAAGAGCCCAUUCUGUUCAACACCACAGUGUACGAGAACAUCCGCUUCGGACUGUGUGGAACAGAACUUGAGCAUGCAGCAGGAGAGAAAGUGACCGGUCUGAUUGAAGAGGCUGCGAGAACGGCAAAUGCGUAUGAAUUCAUCUCCAACUUGCCCGGCGGAUUUCAGGCUCGCGUUGGGGAACGGGGAAUGCUCCUUUCUGGUGGCCAGAGACAACGAAUUGCAAUCGCACGCGCUGUCGUGUCGAACCCCAAGAUUCUUCUUCUGGAUGAAGCUACUGCCUCGCUGGACCUGCAGGCCGAGAGCCUUGUAAGAGCCGCGCUGGACGCUGCCUCCAAAAAUCGAACCACUCUUGUGAUUGCCCAUCGACUGUCGACUAUCAAGCACGCUGACAACAUAGUGGUUCUCAACGCAGGGAAACUCGUCGAGCAAGGUACCCACGAAGAACUGAUGCGCAACCGAGGAGACUACCACUCGAUGGUGGAGGCUCAGCAAAUUGACUCGAUUCAGCCGUCUGCCGAUACGGAAAUCCUUCGCAGUGGCGUUGUCGAUUCUGAGGACCAGAACGCGGCGAACCGGUUGUCGACGCAAACUUCGACAGACGAAACGUGCCAAAAACACGAGAACCAGAAACAUUACCAUCUCUGGGAACUCGUUAAGUUCAUAUGGUCUCUCAACCAAAACGAACAGUCAUGGAUGACACUCGGUUUUGUUGUCUCGAUGGGCACGGGAGCAGGAUAUCCCAUCCUCGCUAUCCUCUUCGGGAACUCAAUCAUCUCGCUGGUAGAUCCUAGUGCUAGCACAGGUGGUCACGACAUUGAUUUCUGGUGCGGGAUGUUGCUCAUGCUGGGACUGACCAUCCUGGUCCUGUACAUGAUUCAGGGCAUGGCCUUUGCUUGGGCGUCGUCUCGGCUGAUCCGGCAUACCAGAGACUUGACCUUCCGCGCCAUUCUUCGUCAAGAUAUGGCCUUCUUUGAUGUAAAGGAAAACGCUUCUGGAGCACUUGCAUCCAUGCUUUCCACCGAGGCCACCAUGAUAGCCGGUAUAAGUGGAGCAACACUCGCGGCGCUCCUGAACUUUGUGGUAUCAAUCAUUGCAGCGAUCGCCGUAUCCUGUUCCUUUGGCUGGAAACUCGCCCUUGUGUGCACCUCGACGAUGCCACUCCUGCUCGCCUGCGGUUUCCUCCGGACUUGGGUCAUGGUGGACUUGGAGAAACGGACUCGACGUCAAACAGAAGCAGCGGGGUUCGCCUGUGAGGCUGCAUCCGCAAUCCGUACCGUGGCUUCGCUGAGGAUGGAACGAGAUGUCUGUUCGCAGUACAGUGCAAUGCUAGGGCAGCAGCUGAAGCAGGACUUUCGAUCUUUGCUCCUGUCUUCCAUGCUCUACGCCACUUCGCAAUCCCUCAUGUUCUUUGCCAGCGGCCUGGCCUUCUGGUACGGAGGCACCCUGAUCGCAAAGGGCGAGUACUCGGUGAAGCAGUUCUUCGUGUGCUUCGUCGCCGUUAUCUGGGGAUCACAAGCGGCUGGCGCCAUCUUUUCGUACGCCGGGGAUAUGAGCAACGCGAGGGCGGCUGCCGCUCGGGUGAAGACUCUCCUCGGUCGAACACCGAGUAUUGAUUCCUGGUCGGUCACAGGAACGCCCGUACGGCAUGGACUCAAGGGCCAGAUUGAACUGCGCGACGUGUCCUUCUUCUACCCGACGCGCCCCAGUCGGCUGGUCCUCAAGAACGUCAGCAUCACCGCCGAGCCGGGACAGUUCAUUGCGCUGGUGGGAGGCAGUGGCAGUGGCAAGAGCACCGUCAUCUCGCUGCUCGAGAGGUUCUACGAUGUCGCAGCCGGAGCGGUCUACGUGGACGGGAACGAGAUUUCGACCUACCAGGUCCAGGAUUACCGGCGGCAGCUGGCGCUCGUGAGCCAGGAGACCACACUGCACAUGGGCACCAUCCGAGACAAUGUCCUCGCCGACAAGGAGGACGCGUCGGAGGAGGAUCUUAUCCAGGCGUGCAAGGACGCCAACAUCUAUGAUUACAUUCUCUCGCUUCCCGACGGGUUCGACACCUCCGUGGGUACAAAGGGCAGUCUGCUGUCUGGCGGCCAAAGGCAACGCAUCGCCAUUGCCAAGGCGCUCCUGCGCAAUCCUAAAAUCCUACUCCUGGACGAAGCCACCUCCGCGCUGGACUCGUCCUCUGAGGCCACCGUCCAGGCGGCUCUCGACCGUGCCGCAAAGGGCCGUACCACGAUUGCCGUCGCCCACCGCCUCAGCACGAUCCAGCAUGCGGACGUAAUCUACGUUCUUGAGCGGGGGAGCGUGGUGGAGCGAGGGAAUCACGCAGAGCUGAUGCGCAGAGGCGGGAGGUAUGCUGAAUUGGUGCGGUUGCAGGAGAUUGGGAUGGAGUGA